UGAUGGUUUCUGAAACCUAACACACCACCGAAGAGGAGAUAAGGUGAAAAUCAAAAAGAUUAGACAGAAAUUCCAAGUGAAAAGAGCGGCUUGGGACUGUUAUCCGGUGGCUUUGGAUGUGGAUCUGGUAGUAGCUGAGCAGCAAAUCGAGGCGGUGGUGGACUCGUAUGCUAGGAACGAAGCAUUUAAUUGCAACGAUGGUGAAAUUUAUUGACCGAGCAGUAUCAGAUUGAGGAGUAUGGGUUUGAGGAAGCUCAGUUGGAUAUAACGUGAAAUCACAAGGAACAUGGUUUCAUGGGGUUUUAUAAACUUUAGGAAUUCUUUAGUAUUUUGGGUUCACAAGUUAAAACUUACAAGACCGUGCGUUGAAAGUGAUUUUAGAAGGAAAAAAAAUAAAAUUAUAUAACAAAUUAUGGGUGUUUGAUUUGAUUUGAUGGUGCUGGUAGUGGAAAUUUAUUAUGAUUCAAAAGAAAUAAAAGAAAAAUAUUUGGUUGAGGAGGGAGCUGUUUGAAAUACAUUUAUCACUUGCUUUGAUGGUCUUUUGCUGGAAAAUUGAGGAUAUAUAAUUAGGAUUAAAAACUUCCCUUGGAAAACCAUUCUAUAGAAGCCAGGAAAAGGAGCAACAAACCUUGAUACGGGAAAACAAUGAACCUCGCACAUUUUAAUCUUUUCCUCUCUUCGGUGGUGGGUGCGUUGGUUGCAGAAACAAAGAACUGAGAGCAAACGGCGUUUCGGAGAGACGGAGACGGAGAGGAGAACGAGGCAGCUUUUUGACGUGGAUAAACUGAUACACGUGGCAGUCAGAGAACGGCAGUAGUACUGAGUGGCCAGUACUCCGGGAGUAUUAGAAAAUUUUCCCCUCCCGGGGGGGGGGUGGUUGACAUUUGUCUUAUCGCUUCUUUUGAUGGAAAUCACGUAUUCCAACAAUUAGUUAGGCAUUUAAGUUGAAAAAAAAAAAGAUUGAACAGCUAAUUAACACCUAGGAAAACGAAGAAACAAUCUUGGCAUGGGACCAUUUCACUUGGCAAAAUUAUCUAUUAAAGAAGUAAGUUUGACAGACAAGUAGUUGGACGGAGGAAAUUACUAAUGAAAAAGUUGUGAAACCAUCACUCGGAUGGGAAGGAUAAUUAAGCUAGCUCCACUUGAAGUUUAAAGCUCCGUGAAAAUUUAGUAAAAAUGGCUGAAACUCAACGAAAGAAGCACUUUGUUCUAGUCCACGGAGCAAGCCAUGGAGCCUGGUGUUGGUACAAGAUUCGGAGUCUCAUGGAAACCGGUGGUUACAAAGUCACAUGCUUGGACCUCAAAGGUGCCGGAAUCAAUCAAUCCGAUCCCGAUACCAUUCUCACUUUGGAAGAUUAUAGUUACCCUCUCAUCAAAUUCAUGUCCAACUUGCCAGACAACGAAAAGGUAAUAAUGGUGGGACACAGUGCAGGGGGUGCAAGCCUUACAGAUUCAAUCUACAGAUUUGGUAAGAAAAUAGAAAUGGUCAUCUAUGUUGCUGCAACCAUGUUGAAACACGGCUUCUCUACGGAUCAAGAUGUCAAAGACGGUAGACCUGAUUUGUCUGAAUAUGGAGAUGUAAACAAAUUUAGAUAUGGGAUGGGACCUGAUCAGCCUCCAACCAGCGUCAUAUUGAAGGAUGAAUUUCAACGCCAAAUUUUAUAUCAUAUGAGUCCUCUUGAGGACUCCAUAUUAGCUUCAACGCUGCUAAGGCCAGGACCCAUAAGGCCAUUAAGCGGUCGAAUCGAUGGAGGAGAUUUGGAUGCCGAAGGUGUACCAAGAGUCUACAUCAGGACAAUGCAUGACAGAGUUUUGAAGGCAGAGCAACAAGAAGCUAUGGUAAAGAAGUGGCCACCAUCCCAGGUGUUUGUUUUGAACAGCGAUCAUAGUCCAUUUUUCUCGACUCCUUUUGACCUCUUUAGCUUAUUAGUUAAGGCAGCAGAGUCCAUCAAAGUCUGAUUAAGAUUUGGCGUACUUACCGGUAUAUAUCAUAUAUAUAUAUAUAUAUAUAAAGAAAAAUUAGAAUAUCUUGAUUUUAUAAAAUAAGAAUACUUAUUUC